AUGACAGCCAAGGAUGAAUCGUCCGACAUUCGUGAGGAUGCAGUGCCGGUCUCUUUCCAACCAGACACGGAGCUGUUGCUCAAGACCAUGCAGAGCCACCAUGAGCAGCUGAUGGACCGUCUGGACCAGCAAGAGAAGCUACUGAGGCAAGAGGCGCAAGACAUAACAUCGGCAACGUCUCCACAAGUCUUCGUGACCUCAGAAUCCGGCAGUCUCCUUGCUUCAGUGCAGCCAGAGCCGCACUACAUAGGGAACGCGGCACCGGGCAUUUUGUCAGCGAGAAUCGCGAGAAGCGAAGUGCCAAGCUUGGGCCUCUCAACAUCUUACCAGUUGCGAUCGUAUUCAGCAGAGGACACGCAAUUGCGCGACGACGCAGACAACGCAGAAUCCGUUGCGAUUCGCAAGAGAUUCUCCGACAUGCAGGCACCAGAAAAGAAAGGCCCCGGAAGUCACACUAGGUUGCUGCAUUCGGACAGCAUCCCGUGGACUACCCGCAUAGUGCACAAUCCGGCCUUUGAUAUCUUUUUCGCGAUCAUUGUGGUCGCCAAUGCCAUCUUCAUUGGCUUUGACAUCCAGUGGACCCUGGACGGCCGAGAGUAUGCUGCGGACGUUGUGAGGACGAAGCCCGCGACCUACAUGAUUUUCCACUACACGUUUUCUGCACUGUUUUUGGUCGAGCUUCUACUACGACUAGCCGACAGCCGCUGUCGCUACUACUGUUCAGAAGAGUGGAAAUGGGCUCUGCUCGAUACCAUGAUUGUAGCAACAUCCUUCUGGGAUAUUGUUGUGGAUAUCAUCUCGGCCAUGCUCAAAGACGACAGUUGGGACAGCAUCUCUGGGCUGUCAACAUUGAAAGCCAUGCGCAUUGUGCGCCUGACCCGCGUAUUGAAAACUGCUCACUUCAUACGAAUAUUUCGGUUCAUCAUGGCCUUGCGAAUGCUGGUCCAGUCGAUCUUGCACACCGUCAAAGCUUUGUUUUGGGCCUUGCUCCUCCUGACCUUGAUUGUGUAUGUGUUUGCUAUACUCUUCUCGCAGGCAGUCUAUGACUACAUCAGCGACGAGGCCAAUCCGGAGUUACCACCAGAUGUUCAAGUGGCAGCGGAACGGUAUUUUCGCAGCCUCGUGCGGAGCAUGCUGGCUCUGUUCAUGAGCAUUGCCGGCGGUGUCAGCUGGGAAGAGGUUAUUAGGCCUCUGAUGUAUGUCUCUGCCUUCUGGGAGGUGUGCUUCCUGUUUUUCAUAGCUUUUUCGUAUCUGGCAGUGUUGAACGUGGUGACAGCCGUUUUCUGUCAUGCGGCCAUUGAGUCGGCUCAGAAGGAUCACGCCACUGUGGUCCAGAACAUGCUGGACAAUAAGGAGCAGCAUCUCCAAAAGCUGAGGGCAUUGUUCGAAAAGAUUGGUGACCGGGGAGCUGGGGGCAUUACUUACCGAGUGUUCGAGGAGAAGAUCAAUUCCCCAGCAGUCCGCGACUACUUCGAGACUUUAGGUUUGGAUGUGUGGGACCCGUGGUCGUUUUUCAAGCUUCUGGACACCGACGGUGGCGGUGUUGUGGAGCUAGAAGAGUUCUUUAUGGGAUGCUUACGCUUCAGCGGCGACGCUACAGCCAUGGAGUUGGGUAAGCUGGCAGCGGACCAGAGGUGGCUGAUCCGGAGCCAGGGCCGUUUCCAGAGGCUUCUCAAAACGAUGCAGAGACAGCACGAGCAGCUGAUGCAGCGCUUGGAACAGCAACAUCGACUCCUUAGUGAUAGGCCGGAUGCGUUCACUGAAUCUCCAAGGCUCGGCAAGGGAUUGCCGACGUCACCGCAAAACCUGUCUCGUCUUCGGUCAGCGACCUCACCAUCAGACACUUCUCCCUCCUCUCAGUCGCCCGAGAGUCACCGCGAAAGACGUCCCUCAGGCGAAAGACGUCCCUCAGGCGAGUCGCGCCUGUCACCUUCUGCGCUGGCCACACAAUUCUCAAGCAAGUCGGAGUCGGAACUCUUCCGCAUGAGAUCCUACACGGCCGAGGAUCAACAGCUGCAGGAAGCUGCCGAACUUGCAGAAGCAAGUACGCAGCGGCGGCGAUUCUCGCAACGCCGGGAAAGGGAGCCCGAGACCAAUGCACCGAGGAGGAGCUUGGGGCGUGUCACUGGGCAUUUCACGACCAAGCUAGUGAACUCGCCGGGUUUCGACGUGUUCUUUGCGUUAGUGGUGAUUGCCAACGCAGUGUACAUCGGCUUCGACGUGCAGCGUGGCCUGACAGCUUCUGGCUCCAGACCUUUGGAAUAUCAGAUUCUCCAGUACCUCUUCACCGUCCUCUUUACAGUUGAGUUUGCCAUUCGUAUUGUCGUGAGUCGAUGCCGCUAUUUCGUCUCGGAAGACUGGACAUGGGCAUUGUUGGACCUUGUAAUUGUGGGAACCUCCUUGUGGGAAGUCCUUGUGGACAUCUUGGAAGCUGCUCUGCCACAGGGCAGUGGCCUGAGCACCAUCAGCGGCAUCUCCAGCAUUAAAGCUUUCCGAGUCAUACGACUCACACGACUGCUUAAGAUGGUGCAAUUUCUCCGGAUCUUCCGAUUCGUGAUGGCCCUCCGCACAUUGGUCCAGUCCAUUAUGCAUACACUCAAGGCCCUGUUUUGGGCGUUGCUUCUGCUCGUUCUCAUCGUGUACGUCUUCGCAGUCUUGUUUGCACAGGGGGUGAAUGACUAUGUGACUUCCAUGCCCGAUGCCCCUGACGUCGGCUCUGCUUGCAGCGACAUCGAUGUGGUGCAGUCCGGCAUGAAGUAUUUUGGAGACUUGCAAGUAAGCAUGCUCAGCCUCUUCAUGAGCAUUGCCGGUGGUGUCAGUUGGGAGGAAGUGAUAGCACCUUUACGGAUCAUCUCGCCAGUGUGGACAUUGUGCUACAUCUUUUACAUUUGCUUCACAUAUUUUGCAGUUCUUAAUGUAGUAACUGCGGUGUUCUGCCAAUCUGCAAUAGAGUCCGCCCAGAAGGAUCAUGCGACAGUUGUGCAGAACAUGAUCGACAACAAGGAAUCGCACCUGGACAAACUCCGUACCCUUUUCAGCAAGCUGGGUGCCGAUAGAACAGGCGGCAUCACAUUGCGCAUGUUCGAGGAAAAGAUCAACUCCCCAUCUGUCCGGGAGUAUUUCGAGACAUUGGGCUUGGACAUUUGGGAUACCUGGUCUUUCUUCAAGCUCCUGGACGCAAAUCUCGGUGGCGUUGUGGACUUCGAGGAGUUCUUCAUGGGCUGUUUGAGAUUCAGCGGAACCGCAUCGGCCCUGGACCUGGGCAAGAUUAGCCAAGAUCAGGCGUGGCUCAUCAGGAACCAAGGGAAGUUCCAGAAGUUUAUGGAAGAGGAAUUGACACGGCUGCGAGGGGAGAUGUCAACCAUGUCGGACUUCAUCAGCUCCCUGUCCCGCGGAGUAUCCUGUGCGCAAGUCUGA